AUGCUAUCCUCCCUCUCCUCCAGCAUCACAAAUGCUCGGCAAUCAAUUGCACAAGUGCUGAAUUUUGCGCUGGUUCUUUCCACGGCUUUUAUGCUAUGGAAAGGCCUCUCGGUCGUGUCCGCAUCAAGCUCUCCAAUAGUUGUGGUCCUAUCCGGAUCAAUGGAGCCCGCAUUUCAACGUGGUGACCUGCUCUUUCUCUGGAACCGAGACACGAGGGCGGAGAUCGGAGAAGUUCUCGUUUAUAAUGUUCGGGGAAAGUCUAUCCCGAUUGUCCACAGGGUUGUUCGCACCUUCCCCGAGGUAGAAGGACGUAUGAGCGCAAAGAAGGUGAAAGAAAUCACAGUGGACACAACGCCUAACACGAAUAUGCUCCUCACCAAGGGUGACAACAAUUCGGGGGACGAUACCGAGCUGUACGCUCAAGACCAGGAUUAUCUCGACCGGGCGGAGGAUAUUGUUGGCAGUGUUCGUGGCUACAUCCCCAUGGUUGGAUACGUUACUAUCAUGCUCAGCGAGCACCCCUGGCUCAAGACAGUGAUGCUUGGACUUAUGGGACUGAUGGUGAUGAUUCAGAGAGAGUAA